AUGGCGGACCCUUUCGAGGUUCGGAUGCGCUUUACAUCUCAGCUGCAGCACCUGAACGCAUCCGUCACUUCUGCUCAGAAGGCUGCCCAGUAUGCGCUCAAGUACAAGGACAUGGACGAAGACUUGCAUUCAUGCAUUGUCGAACAGUUGGAACGUGGCAACAAUAUGAAUACCAGAGCCAACAUCAUGUACUUCAUCGAGCAUUUCCUGGAGAUGGCGCAGAAAGACAACCACGUGGACUACGUUCGCAUGAUGCAACGCGACAUUAUUCGGAUCGUCGAUGCAGUCGCUCCGGAUGAUGGAUCCGGUGCUGCCAACGUCAAGGUCGUUCUCCAAGGACUUCAACAAAAGCAAUUUUUGCAAGCUCAGACGGUGACUGAGAUCGAAGAGGUCUUGAAAGAACGAGAGACAAGCGCCCGCGAUGCUGGCUUGUCAUCGCCUGUCAACGGCGACGUCGAUAUGGGCGACGCGCCCCCGAGCCACGCGAUUCCGACUAACGGUAGGGCGCCACGGCUGGAGAAGCGACAGAUCGAGCAGCGCAUUGAGGAGGACCGCGAACGCCACAAAAGACUGCGCGAGAGUAUCUGGGCCAUCCCAUCGCACGACAACGCUGAGACCGACAAGAUCUGGGAGGAGACAAGCGACAUGGGUGACGAUGACCACAUCCUUGGACAGGAGGAGUUUACCGAGUGGCGCCAGUCCAUGGAACAUCAGUGCGCCCCUCGUCCGCCCGCUGGUCCCGCCAGCACCCGUAUCACGAAUGGCAACAAGAAAUAUUAG